GGAUUAAUUGGCUAGGCCAUACAACUAACAAAAUCAUAACAUUAUAAGUUGGGUUAGAUUUAUAUUCCUAAUUACUUAGAAAUAGCUUUGAAGCGGGUAAGUCUACAUUCAGAAGAAUGUUUUUCUUCCUUUGAGAUUCGAGCCACCCCAUUUCAAAGCUAUUCUCCGAUAUUUAUAAACAUAAGCUUAGCCUAAUCUAUAAUCUUAUGGUCUUGUUGAUUGUAUGUUCAACCUAUGAUCUCAUAAGAUUUUCAGUCCAAUCGUCCAUACCUUAAAAAGGGAAGCGUGCAUGUCCCUUUCUUGAGCGCCACCAAGCUUUUCAGCAAAGUUCCAACAAAAAUGGAACAAGAUCCCAAAACUCUGCAAUCAAAGAAGGUUGAACAAGACAUCCCUUUGAUCACCCUCCGUCCAUUCAUGAUCUCCGAUGUAGACGACUUCAUGGCAUGGGCCUCCGAUGACCGAGUGAUGCAAUUCUUCGGCGAACCACGGACUGACAAAGAAGCAGCUCUAGCCCACAUCAAGGACGACAUCAUACCGCAUCCAUGGUACCGUGCCAUCUGUGUCGAUGAUCGCCCCGUUGGCUGGAUCUUCAUCAGCCCAGCGCCUGGCAACGACCAUCGCCGAGCCUCGAUGGGUUACGGCCUGGCCUACAACCACUGGGGACGGGGAAUAAUGCCCGCAGCCGUGAAGAAGGCAGUGGCUACCAUUUUUAAGGAGUGGCCAAGGUUGGAGAGGCUGGAGGCGUUUACUGCUGUGGAGAACGAGAGGUCUCAGAGGGUGCUGCAGAAAACCGGGUUCCAGAGGGAGGGUGUUCUGAGAAAAUAUGCUGUGCUGAAAGGGGUGAGUAGGGACGUGGUCAUGUUUAGUUUCCUUUCUACCGAUCCCAUUCUUUGUUGAUGUUUAUGGUACUACUGGUGCCGGUGAUCGUCUUUUAUUUUAGUUCAAGAAUUGUGGUUCGGUUUGUAUUGUGGUUCGAGUGAACUAAAUUGUUAGCAGUGGGGCAUCAGUCAUGCAAAAAACAGAAAGAAAAAAAGAGACAAUGAGAGCCUUGAUAUAUCUCAAAAAUGUCUUAGCUUAUUUUUUAUUUUUCUUUUUUGAUGCCUGCAUUAGAGUGGAUUCAAAUCUCAAUUUUAGAAAGAUUGAAGGCAUUCAAAUAUGUAUCAGUUCAGUUUUUCGUUCUUGCAUGAUGCUACCAAUCUGCAACCUGAUUCAAUUCAUAAUGAUGCUCGGUCAGGAGUUACAACUAGUGCAUGCCUAGUGGUUUAGGUAAACAAUGUCAAACUUGCGCUGAUAAACACCAGAAAGAAUGGUCAUUAUAGGGCUGCUACUUGUUCUCCAAGCAGCAAUUUUUUUUUCACUCAAGUUGCCGGAUAGAUUUUUCCAAGUCAACCAUGGCGGCCACCAUAUUUAUCUUCUUCACUGCUGUAGCGUUGUCUUAUCCAU